AUGGUCUCCAUUCACAAUUCUGGCUGGAGGACCCUCAUAACCCUCGGCUCGAGCGCGCCUGCCAUAGGCAAGAUCACCGUUGCCCAUGGGAAGCAGAACAAGGGAUAUCAACAAGCUCUCUCCACGCAUCUGGCCCAUGCCAAAGUCCACCAAUACCCGAUGUUCCUCCUCAACCACAAGCUGAUAGACGGACUCUGGAACAAGGAGGCGGCUCUACUGGACGUCGUCCUUGAUCAGUUGACCAGAUCGAAGAGCGAACGUCUCGAAUGGCUCGUGUGGGUCGACGCCGACACUGUCGUCAUGAACAAGCAGAUCCCUCUGGAAGUGUUCCUGCCUCCCCUGUCGUGCCACAAAGAGGUCAAUGUCCUCUACACCAAAGACUGGAACGGUCUCAACAACGGCGUCUUCUUCCUCCGUGUCUCGCCCUGGGCAAUGGAGUUCCUCUCCUCGAUCCUAGCCUAUCGCACGUUCCGACCAGACGAAGAAUUGGACUUCACGGAGCAAUCGGCGAUGGCAAGGGUCCUGGAACUCGAUCAGUAUGGACAUCAUGCGGUUGAAUGUCCUCCGCAAUGGUUCAACGCCUAUCCGAACGAUGGUGGAGACCCGAUGGUGCAUUACGACCAUUUGCCGGGACAGCUGCUUGUCCAUUUCGCGGGCAUCGGCGACAAGACUGAAGCGAUCGGGGAGUGGGUGGGGAAACUGGAAGCCAACAGGUCGCAUUGGGAGAUGCUCGUCGGAUCCACGAAUUAUGAGCAGCAAAUCAUGGAGUUCUGGGACGGCUUGGAUGAGGAGCAUGCCAUUCAGCAGAGGCUAAAGCAGGAGAAGGAGCGGAAGGAGAAGGAGUGA